CUUCCGUUGUCUCUGUUGAAAACUGCUCAGAAUCAUCCCAUGUUGGUAGAGCUUAAGAAUGGAGAAACGUACAACGGUCACCUGGUGAGCUGUGACAACUGGAUGAAUAUAAACCUGAGAGAAGUCAUCUGCACGUCCAGGGAUGGAGACAAGUUUUGGAGGAUGCCUGAGUGCUACAUCCGAGGCAGCACGAUCAAGUACCUACGAAUCCCUGAUGAGAUCAUCGACAUGGUGAAGGAGGAGGUGAUGUCAAAGGGGCGCGGGCGUGGAGGAUCCCAGCAGAAUAAACAGCAGGGGAAAGGAAGAGGAGGACCCGGCCGAGGUGUGUUUGGCGGCCGUGGCAGAGGGAUGUCUGGGCCUGGACGGGGUCAACAGCAGCCAUCCGAUAAGAAACCAGGAAAACCACAGGGAAUGAAGAACCAACACUGACAAACAGUCCUGCA